AACAUACUGUAUACUGUACAGGAUAACAAGAAUAUCCCUCUGUGCCAACUGUACGGUCCUGUUCACCUACUGAGAUUAAUUACGAAGCUUGGACCGAUGCUCUCUGCCACAAGCCUGGAUAAAACCUCGUUAGCUCUUCUAUUAGACAACGUCAAGGAUUUUAUUGAAUAUAUUGGGAGACACAGAGAAACCCUGUUUCAAAUAGAGGAUUAUGGAACUGCAUCCCCCGAGUACCACAGAAGAGCAAUAUGAGCAAUAUAUGUCUGAACUACAUUCUCUACAAUAUAACCAACCCUUUGUUCAGCAGGCAGCAAAUAUAAAAAACAUUGAACAUUUUUCACAAUGAAAGCAAAUGGCAUGAUUGAUGACGGAAUGAUAAACUAGGAAACAAAUUUUUUUUUUGAAAAAUAAUUUUUUUUACAACAGUAUUUAUUCAUUAACCCUUUUUGGAGUAAAAUAGAUAAAAAUAUUGUUUUGUUUUUUUGUGGUUUCCCAAUUAAGUUGCGGAUUUAUGCGGCCGAGAGAAUGAAUGAAAUUGACAGAAAUCUAAAACAUCGAUAUCUCCCUCAUCGUUGCUCAGAUAACUGUUUAAAUGGGGGAUGCACUUCUUAUAUGGAAACAUGUCAAUAGUUCAAUAUAUCCUUGUUAGAGGAGAUCUACUUCUAAAGGAAGGUUGGCCUGUUGGCGCUGUAAUUGCCCAAGCUUGUCAUGCCGCUACAGCUGCCAUUCAUCUCUACUACUCAGACGAACAAACCCAGUUAUUCUCUGUUGGCGGCAGCCUGAGGGAUCUCUUAUUGAUUGAUUUUUAAAGUCACAAACUGUGGAUUGAACAGCCUGAGAACUAUCCAACAUGUAUUGCUCUGAAACCAUAUCCAAAGGAGGAGGUUCAGAAGUUUUUCAAGAAGUUUAAAUUAUACAAGGGGCCUAAACUGGCAGUGGAAUAAAAUCUUUUAAUUAAUCUUUAUUUUCACCUUUAUUUCAUGGUGAUAGAAAACUCAACCUUGAACAAGAAUGUUCAUUUAAAACUAAAUGAAAUGCUGCACGAUAUUUCUAAAUACACUUUAAAA